AUGGGAAUAAACAUUAAGCUGUCGAAUUUUGCACCGUAUAAAAAGAUCGAAGAGCAGAUACAGUCGCAAGGAAAGCUCAAGUACAUCAAAGGGAAAAAGACAACACUCCAAUCCAUAGUUCAUUUUUUGGUUCUAACGGUAUUUGCGAUUUCAUCUGUUUUGCUGUUUGUAUACGCGGGAUUUCUUCUGUUUGACUCUGCAAGAGCUACUGAUUUUAUUUCAGUUCUUUCUCUGUACAGGAUGGCAAAGGCUGUGCGCAUCACUGUGGAGUUUUCUGCCUGGGUAAGCUCCAUUUUUGCGAUUUUGUAUGGAAUAUCAAAGUUUCUGGAGGGCUUCUAUUCUCGCCAAAUUAAGCCUGUCACAACUCUUAUAGCCUGUAUUUUUGGUCUAGCAGAGUCAGUGGGGAUAUCCGUUGGGAUCAUGGCCUUGCUCACUAGGUUUUGGGAUGCUGACUUUGGGAACAGCUUUGUAGCAGUAUCAACACUUGCCUCGUUGAGCAUCUUUUUCACGUACAUUACAAUUUCCGUUGUUUAUUUUAGAGAAAUACUGCUAGAGGAGAAGAUAAAAGACAUUGACGAUCCAGAGUUUAAAAUCACCUCAAAAGACGGCUUUAAGGACGUGAAAAUAGAUAUUAUAAAAAACAUGGAAAAAUUUGAAGAGAUAACAGGGAGUAAGGAUCUAAGCGAGGAUAAGAAGAAAGUGUACGAAAGAGAGAUAAACAAACUGAACGAAGGAAAGGCCGAUAUUAAAACAAAAUUUGCCACAGUGAUUGCUGUGUGGGCAGCUGUUAUAUUCGCGCCUCUGACCGUCCCCAUACUCUUGUGCAAUAUAAACUCUUGUGCAGAGGCUUUAACAUACUUGUCAAAAUUUGCUCUGUGGUACAGCAAAGAGCCUCUUCUUGGAAAAGCUUUCUAUCUGGCAGUGAUCACGGCCAUAAACUGGUUCUUCUCUGUUUUUGUUCAUUCUGCGUCAUUCUGUGCAGGAGCAGUGCUGGGAGAGGUGCGCCUUGGUUCAGGUAUUGUUACUCUCGAGAAAAACAUCAAGGAAAAAAUGCUAGGCGAGCUUCCCAAUAUCAUUGUGAACAAUUUCAAACAAAUAUGCAUUUCAUCAAGCACCAUAAACCUAUUAUAUGCCAUCUGCACCUUCCCUCUUUCGAUCAUUAAGAGCGGAUACAGAGCUAAAGCGAAAAGUGUUGCCUCUAUCUUCAUCGAGGGGAUAAAUACUAUCUUGUGUCUGUGCUCCAUCAUGUUUAGUGGAUUUAUGUCGUUCUUUUCGGCCUUCAAACACUUCAAGUUGGGCAUGUACUCUAAGGAGCAGAUACCGGUGAUAGAUAAAACAAUUUUUGAUGCCGACUGGAAGUCGUACAUAUACACAUGCACGGUUAUGUUUGUCAUAGCUUCUGUAGUGCUGAUGAUUCUGGCCGCUGUCUUCAGCACUUUGUAUUCAAUCGACUCUCCUGUGGUAACUAGGUUCUGCGAGAAUUUAUUGGAAAAAAUGAAUUCGGUGUCUCUGAGAGCUUUAGCAGUGAUUUUCUACACCAUUUUCAUGAUUUUAUUUUGUCUUAUUCCUACCACUGUUGAAAUAAUAAAGGAAAGGCCAGCUGUUGGAAGAAGCUUUGUAGAGCGCCGCAUACUGAUAGGCCCUCAAGAUACAGAGGUACAAAAUCCAUCAAAGACUAUAUCAAAGACUAUCUAA